UGGGUUCGAGUUCACUUCCGAAGUGUCAAUCUGGCAGCCAUUCCUUUUUAUCCUCUUCAUUUUGACGAGGAUGUUCCUUCGUUUUACACCACUGAAUUUUUGGUAGAUAUUAUUCGACAAAAUUGCAGGAUACUCGCACCGUCUAUACGACUUUUCUUCAACCAAACUGCCCUUCCAAAAGAUGAACUUUUGCCAAUCGGUGCAUCACUGGAACAACUCGGCUUCAAAGGAGGUCUUCGACUUUCACCAGAAGAGGUUACCAUUUACUAUCAGCUGGAUUGCAGGACAAAGUACCCAUUGACAAACCUCUGUCGAUCAUCAAUUGACAACUGCUACGUGCUUUGGGACGAAGCAGGUCUUUGGCAAGAAGAUGUCACCACCACCGAGAAGACCGAUGCCCCGCCUCGAUUGAAAUCUGCAGCUGGAAGUGCUGUCCCCACAACUGUCGCCACUACUACUGAUGAAUCUGAUAGUAGCUCGGAGGAGUCGUUGGCCGAGUUCUUCAGUGUUGAAAAGGUUGGUGUCCCUUGUUCUGCAGACUUGUUCAAAGCUGAGACCUCAGCCAAAUAG